GGAUGUAGAAACUGAAAAUUACAUACGGCUACUGUUGGUUCUUGUUCGAGUAGGGAUGCUGGUUUGCAAAGGUAUCAUAGAUAAAGAAUUAAAAUUUAAAGAAACUGCCCUACAUGUCGUCCUGAAACCUCAUGAAAAAAAACUGAAGCUUUUAAAGUACCAAAAGCUUAUACUUUUUCCGGAAAAUGGAAAUCCACACGUUGAUGACCUUGACCUAUCUUUGCUGACAUUUGUCCUACAAAAUGUGAUGGAUCUUUCUGACACUGAAAAGGAAAACGUUAAAGUUAUCAAGGAAACAAGAAACACGUUAGCACAUACUUCGACAGCUUCAAUAGAGAUUGCUAAAUACAAGACCCUGAAAAAAGAUCUAGAAGACGCUUUGGAGAGACUGUGCUUGGGACUUGACGUGUCUCUUCAGACCGAAUGCUCAACAUUAAUACAAAAGUUUACAAGCGAUUCACUUGAUGAGGCAACUGCUCUAAAGUACGCAAAAGAGAUGCGGGAUGAAGACGAGCUGUUACAAAAUUUAGCUGGAAUGUUGGAAGAACAUUCUACAAGGAUAGUGCAAGAACUACAAGCAUCAGAGAACCGAAUACAAGAAACGCUAUCAGAUAUCCAGUUGUCGGUGACAGAAGGACUCCAAAAGUUACAAGCUCCCCCACGCGAUGAAAAGAUACAAGACUUGCAAGAAACGGAUGAAACAGAAGAUAUGGGCACAUGUGAUCAACACAAAGAGAGAAUUUCAUUCUUCUGUGAAACAGAGAACACUCUUUGCUGUCAUGUGUGCAAAAAGGAGCAGCAUGAAAAAUGUAAAGGCAUUCAACCAGUAUCUGAGGAAAUAUUGGAGUGGAAAUGCAAUCCAGCAUUGGAAAUACAACGACUUCAGACUGAAGCUCGGUUGCUUGGUAAUUGGAUUUCAUCCGUUGAAAAGGUACAUAAGAAAGGGGAAGACAUUCUUUUAGUAAAAUUUGAUGCACGGAGAAAAACUUUCCAAGAACAUACCGAAAAGAAAGAAAAAUUACUAAAACGGAAGGCAAAACUAGUCAGAGAUAUGACAUCUAUCGAGAUAGAGGGAAAUCGCAGCCACUGUGAGGAUUUUAUAGUAAAAACCGAACAAGCGAAACUCUCACUGAUAAAUAUGGCUCAAAGUGACAAAAAGACAGAAAAUGUCAUUGCUAAACUUACAUUGCAGAAAUUUGUGAACGAUCUUAAUUCAUUCUCAGAUAUAUCUCUACCUUCAUUCAACUUUGACAGUCUUGAAUUUGAUUGGAAAUUUGACCAUACCGAGUGGACCAAAAUACUAAAAACGGUGAGUCCUGAGCAGAGCCCUGUACAGCUUUGUCUUAUCAGUUCUACUGAAACGAAGUCGACUAAAGACGAUGAAAAAGAACCAUUUUACUCGGGCAUUGAUUAUCUACUCGACGGUAGACUAGUUGCCGUGGAUAACAACAACCGUAAAUGCGUAGUUUUCAAUGAGAAGCUUCAGAAAGUAGGAUCACAUCAGUUAUCGUAUUUUCCUCAGAGUUUAGUUGCUGUAUCUGAGGAGCAAGUGGCGAUAACAAGUGGUGGUUGCUACAAGAUAGAUAUUCUACGUGUCAGCAAAUCCAGUGAAAUAACUUUGAUAAGGAGGUGCAAAGUAACAGCUAAAUAUGACUCUAUAUGUCUGAAGGACGAUGGACACUUCGUUGUUGGAACUUCCGAUGAUUCCAGGAUAUUUCGUUUUCUAUCUCUGUCAGGACGUGAGAAAGAUUACAGCUAUCUGAACAAGAAAGAUCCUGAAUGCAAAAUAAAGUGUACGUAUAUAAGAAACAGAAAAAAUGUUGCGGUAACUGAUACCAAAAAUGUCUUUCUGUUCGACAUAGCGACAAAGAAAAAGGUCGUCGUUGACGAAGACGCCAGGAUAGUUUCACCAAAAGGGGUAGCAGUAGGACCCUUCGAUUGUAUCUUCGUGUGUAGCCGCGAGACAAACAGCAUUGUACAGAUUUCUCAUUUGGGGCAUAUUUUAAAAUCUCAUGAGAUAGAUAUGUUGUCUCCAUGCACAAUUUGCUUUUCACAAGACAAAACAAAGCUUGCUGUUGCAAACAGUGUUUGGGGAAGAAAAUGCUUGCAAGUAUUCGAAGUAGUUAUACGAUAUAUGUAAAUAAAUAAAACUCUCCAAAAAUUCACUGAAACACAAACAAAGUGUAUAAGUGUUUGAAACAGCAAUAUCAUAAUAAGCAGACUUAACACACUUGUAUAAAUUGUUAAACCUUUUAGUGAUAAAUAAUGUGUUUUCUAUUUUUUUAUUUACAUAUAUAUGUCAUAAACUGUUUAAAAAGACCAUGAUGACGUAUAGAAUGUAAAUAAGCUAAAUAAUAGCAGACUUUGUAUGACAGGGUCUGUUCAAUAUUCAAUGUGCCCCUGGCAUCGGCUUAAGCAAAAGUCUUAGACUGUUACAUAGAUACUAUAAAUCCAUGACCACAAAUGACUGUUGUAGUAUUACAAUGCUUUUACGGCAAUCACAGGGCACUUCAAGGCAGAGGUUGAGAUAUUCAAGACAAUUUAUUAAAAUAUUCUUUUGGAAACACCGCUAAUGAAAUCCUUGAUAUGUCACUAAUGGAACGCAUAAACCCGCUGCUUAUGGAAUCCUUAAAAGACUAUAGUUACAGAACGCAUAGUAGAUCAUUAAUGGAACGCAUAACAGACCGCUAAUGGAACACGUUAUUAACUGCUACUGAAAUGAAUAAGGGAACGCUUUCCAUUUUAGAAACUUAUUAAUUAUACCAACUUACAGAAAAGCUCUUAAUUCUAAGCUUGUUUCAUGUAUAAUUAGGCCCAGUGCUCUAGAAUUCUUUGAGUUGAAAUGAACAUAAGGCUUUGGUUGAGAGGUAGUACCAAAAUUAUGCCAAUCACUGGUGUCAUCAACAUAAUUUUUCACUUAAGUUUCUAACAAAAAACCACAAGAUCGUUCAAUCAUGCAUUGCAAAUACAAAGAUGUAUUUUUUUCUACAAGAAUUUAAUGAUCUAUAUUCGCACUAUACAGAGAAAACUGAAUAAAUCCAAUCUCAUUAAUAUCAGGUAAAAUUAAGUUGUUUUUUUCUUCGCAGCAACACAAGGUGUUCUUAUGGUAUUCAAAGAAAAAUGAACAAUUAAAAUAUAAAUUUAAAAAGUUUUCUUUUUCAAAAAAUAAUUGUGGCAAAUUGCGAUGUUGUAUAAAAAAGAAAAAGAAAAUGUUGCAUUUCGUUUGUAUAGGUGAAUGAAUUAUACUCAUUUUGAAUGUGACAUCAUUCUAAGAAAUUGCGCAAUUGGUUGUUUUUUUUUUCAAAAUCAAUAAGGUUUAAACUAUCUAUUCUAAUUUUGACCAGUAUUGUUACGAAAACAAAUGUUGUGAUUGAUUAAAUGUUACAGCUUAACACAGAUCUGAAGUAACUGAAAACACAGGAAGCAAUUUCACAGGCACCCUGCUUAGUUACUGCCUCAUCUCAUAUACGUCAUAUUCCAUAUUGGUCGGAAAAAUAGUACUAUGAUACUGUUAGCAUUACAUUAUUAUGUCAGAUAACAUAGUACUAAUUAUAGUGCACUUUUGAACUAAAUCAUAAUCGUGCCAUUUUAUGCUUUUUAUGAUAUUUUUGCUUAAUCACAAAUGAAUGCUGACAAGAACAAUGUACAAAAUGCAUUUAGAAUGCAUAUUGAAAGUGAAAAAUAAAUAAACCCAAACUUGGUGAAUUUAAGCUAUUAUUCAUUCAGAUAAAAGACGCCUCAACAAUUUUUGCAUUUGUUUGCAAUUUUCAGCAGCUUACGUACUUUUUAAAAAGUGGAAUAAACAAAAUAGCUGUUUAUCAUUAGAAUAGUUACCAUUUUGUUUUUAUGCAUAAUCUAUUAAUUGAUUACUGGUACAUGAUAUGAAAAUUAAUGUUUUCUUUUGAUGUAGAUAUAUAAACCUUAUUUACAUAUGCAGAUACAAGUAUAAUACUUAUUAAACAGUUUUAUUUUAUAUGAUGAUAUUCAAAUUUUGAAAAGGUUUUAUACCUAAAAGCAAUAAUAUUAACACAUCAAAUGAACUCUGUGCCUGCAGAGGAAACCUUAUGUAUCAAUUUUCAAUUUUGAUUUCUACUAAUCUCCAACGAUUUCAGUACAAGCUGUGGAUUCUAGAAACAAAAAUUUAAGAAUUGUACUGACUAGAACUAUCACUAAAAGGUGAUUCAUACUCCCACUGAAAUCUUUCUUUGAAACACAUAAUAUAAUGAAAUAAUGAUAUACUCCUUUAAAAUAUCACUGUACUUCUAUUUCAGGCUACAUGGAAUUCCUUUGUUUUCGUCUUAAAUGAUGUUUCUGAUAUUUCCUAAAUGUAAAUAAUGCAACAAAAAUAAGAGCACUUAAUCCAUUUUUCCGCCAAUUAUAUUAAACAAUAUCUAGAUAUAUUUAGCAAAAACACAAUAAGUGCUUUUACUGGGUUUUUGCACUAAACAAAUACUUUUGUGAAGUUCAAACAUUUUUGCAACUUUAUCAAAGUCAUCAUUUUUCACUUGGAUAUAAUAUCCAAUAAUUUUUCAGUUGAUGUAUACGUCUAUUUUGAAGCCAAAAAUGUAAAAAAGUCUUUUUUUGUAAAAUUUGGAGUUACCGUUACUGCGCUAAGGUGACGAUGUGUUUAAUUCAAUGCAAUUGUUGUAAAUCAAAUAUAAAAUUAAGUUUGAUAGGCAUAACCCGUUUCUAUUGUUGAGAGAAAUUAUUGGUCAACACUUUUGCCUACUGUAUGUACAAAUGAUGUAAUCAUAUAUUAGGUAAAGUAUAUGAUAGCUACAAAAUGUGUUUAACUAUCAAUCCUGAACAAAUACAUUCAUUUCUUAAAAGGGGUGUAAUCUUUCCCAGAGUAUGUAUUUUAACUAUACAAACAUAUUUUUAUGUUGCAAUAUUGUUCCUUUCUGUUUUCUGUUACUACAAAACAUAAUAUGUGUUACUGGUAACAUAUACAGUAUCUGUAGGAAAGCUAAUAUUUGUGCCGUAUCUUAUAAUGAUAAUGAUUGUUAUAAUUAUUAUUAUUAUUUCUUUAUUUUACGAAGGUUAACUCAUUAUGCAAUGACAUAAGCAGAUACAAAUGAAAUUACACAUUUACAAUGAGGCCUUCAACAAGCUUCACAUUAUUAAAAUACAGGUGGUCUAGUGGUAUCAUGCUUGACUGCCAAUCCAGAGGUCCGAGGUUCGAAUCCAGGUCCAGGAACUAGAAAUUUCUGAGAUGCUCUUGGGUGUCUCUUACCUGACUAAGAGGUCUGUUCUUGUUCUUCCCGGGAAAGACGACUUCGCGGGUAUCGGUGCUAUACACCGGGCACGUUAAAGAACCAGACUGUCUAUAGUUUUCUAUUUUCAAAACUGUUAUGUUCGAAUUCCGGAUCUUGUCACAUAUAUUUUGUCAUCACAGUUUUAACACUUUAGAUAAAUAGUGACAUAUCUGGUGUAUUAUUUACGUCUUUAAAACAGUUUGAUAUGUCGAUUUGGCGCUUUUUCAUAUUUCCUCUAGAUGGUAACUUAAUGCUUUCAUAACAACCCCUGCUUUUGUCAAAAUAACUUAGAGUGUUUGAGUAUUAAGCUAAAUCUUAAUCUAUUAAAUUGUUAUCAGUAGAUCUAAAUCAGAUUUUUCUCUACUUGUAUAAAUGAGUAUAUUGUUAUUUUCUCGUUAAGUAAUUGUGAGCUUUUUGUAUAAUAAGCAAAUUUAAUUACCUCUAAAUUUAGUGCAUCUAAACGAAGGGCUCUAGAUGGGCUUUUGUAUAUGCGGUUGGUCAAGGGUCGUCGUCCAUCAUCCAUUGUCAAUCGACUUGACUGGUCACAGUUUUUGUCAAGUCUUUUACUCAGACUGUUUCCAACAAGUCAGUGUCGGACGAGUUCGAUAAUGUGUCAUGCGGAGUCAAAACUGAGUAGCACGAUCAAUAUAUAUAUAAUGUUGAACCAAUAGAACUAUCCUCAAACCUAGAUAUUGUUUUACGAGAAGAUAUCAUCGCCUUCUCAAUGAACUAUAGAGGUGGCAAAAUAUACUGGUACACAAUCAUACAUGUACAUAUUGUAUAGAUAUUCGAGAUGAAUGUCAUUAUAUUUUUGUGUAUCCAAAUUUUGAAAAGGAGAGAAAUAAUAUAUACAGAUAAUUCGGUAGGAAUAUAUGCCAUAUAUGUUUAAAUGUGUCAAUUUGUUUACAUCUUGAAAUACAAAACAACUUUAUGUAUAUACUGAUAUACGUGUCGAUAUAUAUAUGGGCCGUUCCAUGAGAAAACCUGUAAAAGUGAAAUGGUGUAUUUGUUGCAUAAAAUCCUAGAAUUUUUUUAUUUUUUUAAGUCUUCUUAUUUUCAUGUAGACACUAAUAAUAAGUAUAUUGUAUUAUCUAAGGGAAAACAAAUUAUAACAUAUUUUACAAAUAAAUGUUAUUUGUGUUGUCAUGGCAAUGAGAAUUCCAUAGAACCCAUGCAUCAUGAUAAUAUAGAGAUGUGUAGAUAAUAGGCCCGUGAUGAAACAAAAAUAUACUGAUACGUUAUUUUUCAUUAAACUCAUUUUUAAACUGUUCUCAAAUAUUAAAACGUAUGAUAUUGAGUAAGUGAUACGCAAAAUGUGUUGCUUAAAUAACUUGAAAAAUACACGCCAUGCACGGCGACGUCAUGCUGUUGCAUGACGUGCUUUAACGUCCCGUCUCAAUAUUCCUUCUAUGACUUACAUAUAAUCAUUGUAACUCUUGAAACAGCGAUAGUAAUUACUUCAAAUUGUCAAAUUUGUAAGGUAAAAGAAUGUUCUUCACGAAAAUUGUGUAACUUCAGUUUUGAUUGUUUGUCAUUAAUACAGGUUUUCUCAUGGAACGGCUCAAAACUGUUAUGUUUAUAGAACUAUGCAAUUCUUUUCUAUAUAUUGAUAAGUAAUAAGAUUGCAAAAUGCAUUAUAUUCAAACAGAAAGAUUGUAAAUAGCUAUGUUUGAGACUUAAAAGUAUUUGAAUUCAGUAAUGUAUUCUAUUCAACUUAUCAUAUUACUCAGACGAUUUAAAUGUAUUUUUCUUUUGUUUUGAUAUUACAACACAUCUUGUGCUAUAAUGUAAUAAUAUUUACAUGUAAUCUGUAAGUAAGUAAGUAAGUAAAUAAGAUAAUAAGUAAGUAAUCUAGUAAAAAGCCAGUCAGUAAGCCAGUAAGAAAGUUAAUCAGUAAGCAAGUAGCAAGUAGUAACUAAUUACAACACAUGUUCUGCUAUGAUAAAAUAAUAUUUACUUGUAACCUUUAAGUAAUUAAGUUAGCAAGUAAGUAAGCCAGUAAGUAAACUAGUAAGUAAUGAAGUGAGUAAGCAAGUAAAAAAGUAAACCAGUACAUAACAAAAUAAGCCAAUAAGUAAAUUAUUAGUUAGUAAGCCAGUGCAUACGUACGUACGUACGUACGUACGUAUGUAUGUAAGUGAAGUGAUGGAGUCAGUGAGUAAGUACGUAAGAAAAAAGUAAGUAAGGAAGGAAGUAAGAAAGUAAUAACAAAGUAAACAAGUAAGGAAGUAAGUGACUAGUCAGUAAGUAGUAAGUAAGAGAUUUAGUAAGUAAGUAAGUAAUUAUCUAAGUAUGUUUGCACGUAAGAUUAACUGAGUUAGUAAGUUAGUAGUAUAAGUAAGUAAGUAAGUAAGUAAGAGUAAGUACGUAAGUAGUAAGUACCUUCAUAAACAAUAGUUUGUCAUUUGGAUUAUUGCAAUGUUUAUUUUGCUCAAUAAACAAUCAGGUAUUCAAUUUCUUAUACCGAUAUUCAAAUUAGAUAAAUUUCCGCUUUGUUUAUGUUUUUGUUUUGUUUGGGUUAGUAUGAAGGUGUAAACGUUAUUUUACAUGUUAAUGUGUUAGAUAUACGUGUCUAUAUCGUAUGUCAAGUUUAAAACUGUGUAUGUUUGAGUGUACUUUACUUAAUACGUAGUCUUUAAAAUGAAAUGUAGACGUUUUGUACAGUCGUAAUCAUACUGCUAAUGUUUCCCUCUAUUAGUUAUAAAUGAAACCAUGUCAGAAAGUUUGUCUUUUUCUUUUUAAAUCUAGAUUAUUUUUUAGAAACCGAGUCAUUUACACUAGAUCACUUGGUUACAUUAUCUAAAUAUCUUGUUGACACUCUAGGGGCCAUCUUUUAUAAUACUUGAUUAACUGGAAAACUGGUUAGAAUUUUUGCUCGUAUAUUUUUUUUCUUUUUGGAAUUGUUUCAGAAACGUGGAACAACCCGUUUAUUUUUUCAUUUCAGCAUGUGACAAUAAUAGUAACAUACAUUGACAUUUGAGUGUGAGACAAUAUAUGAAUACAUGUGAGCAAUGUCAUCUUGAUUACGUAGUUAAUUUGAAUACAAGAUCACAUAUUCUUUAAGAAGAGCUAUCAAAGUAUACUGACGAAUAUUCCUAUUUUCAUAAUAGUUGAUUAAAACUAAAUAAUCGCAAUAUGAUUUGUUCCAAAUGUUAAAUGAUUUUGUUCGUCUUUCGCUCAUAAAAAAAGAUUUAUAUAUGCAAUAUCAAAUACAGUAAUAAAUCUGUAUAAUUAUAUUCACGAAGUUUUAACUUGUAUCCAAUAAACAUACAUUUCAGAUUCCUUUACGAUUUAUUAAAACCACAUUUAUUAAAUGUUUCUACUGCUUUUGACCAGAAGGUAUCUAAAUAUCUACAACCAAGGUAGAAGUGGUCUAAGUCUUUAAACUUAUUACAAUAUUUACAUAAUGGGCUAUUUUCGAUGUUCUACUUAAACAGAUAAGCAUUUGUUGCAAGUAUUCUAUGUAUAGUCUAAUAUAUAAAUUGCUUUAUUCGAGUAUCUACUACAACUUUAUUUACUUUAUUUAACACAUAGUAAAUGGAUUCCCAUUUGAUGUUAUUUGAAAAAAAGCUCUUCUCAAUAUUUGUGAUUGUACGGUUUGUUACAUUUUGGCGUCGAGAAAAUGAUUGUAUAUGUCCUUAUUUCUUUUAAACUUUAAGUCGGGUUAAAACUGUAUUAUCAUAAAUCAAAACUAGUUUAUAAUGUCAAAUAAAAACACACUUGACACCAUAUUUUUCUAGCUCAACAUAAAAAGUAGUCACAGUGUUUAUUUACUUUUUGAAACCUGUCAUUUUCUCUGCAAUUCUCUUAAGUCCAUUUAAAACAAAAUAAACUAAGUUAAGUUAGGAACUGAAUCAUCUGGGAUAAAAGAAAAUUAAGUCAAUACGACUAAACAUAGAAGAAAACGUGUCAACAUUCCAGAGGCACAUUAAUUUUUUACCAGACGAACAUGACAUUGAUCACAAUGUUUGUCUACCAAAAUGCGAACAUGACAUUUGUCACAAUGUUUGUCUACCAAAAUGCAAACUAAGUUAUAUGGAUUCACAAACUAGGUAGUCACUAGGUCAGAUAAUAUACUGAACAGCAAAAGAAACUAUCCAGAUGAACAACUUGGGUAUUUUUUAAUAACUAACUUAGAUUCAUAAAUUUGACUUGUUUUCUUCUUACCAUAUUACACUUGAAUUAUUUUUUUUUAAACUCUAUCAACCGUCAGUAGUCCCACAAUAGCCGUUUAGCAUAAAAUUUUGGCUAUAUCUUCUGCGUGUCUGUUUCGUUGUAACAUCCCAAUUGUGCGCUUGUGCUGAAUUUGAUUCAGGUCUGCUAUGCAACCAACAAUAUUUUUUAAACAUUAUGCUGUUUUUCGAGUGAGCCAAUCAUCAAUGUUUCCAGUGACGAAAAAAUAUACAAAUAAAAUCAUUAAUUACACACGCACGUGGAUUUCGUGCAAAAAAGGUUAUUGGAACUUCUGACUUUCCUUAUCCAAACAGGUACAAAAUGAAAUUUUGUCAGAUGUUUUUCUUUAUUUAAUUAUUCCACAGAUUCUUUUCACUUUUCACAAAACCUACCGGAACAUGAAUUUAAUGAAACAGUUUAGUAUAUCCUUAAAAUAGCAAUAGAAUUAGAUACAUAUUAGUAAACUACAUUUGUAUUGCAAUAUAGCCAACGUGUAUUCCGGCAAUGUAUUAGUUCUUAUUUUGUAUUGUAUAAUGUUUUGUGUUCUAUUGUAUUACGGCUAAUAAAGAUAUGUAAUCAG